AUGUUAAAACAAUUUGUAGAAAAGAACAACUGUGAUAAAGUGCUAUUGUGUUUAAAAAAAGUUAAAUGUGUUUAUAAUCUGUGGAAAAUAUUAAGGAAAAUGGGCGGGAAUGCUGUGGCUUUCGUCAUUUUUGCAGUUUUAAUUGUCGGCAUUCAUUGUGAAAAUGCCACUACAACUCACGCCCCACCGUCAAAGGAAGUGGCGCUGCAGUCGGGUAUUUGCAGAGUGUGUUCGUGCAAAGACGACAAAGUGGACUGCUUUGACAAGAAAAUCGCUGAUUACUUUAAUUUACAACAAUGGGCAGAUUUGAAAGAAAUAAAACCCAAAGAAGUAGAUCUAUCAGAAAACCUGUUCACGAACGUCACCAUGAUGGCAGAGCUUCCCAUCGAAGUGCUGAACUUGUCCAGGUGCAGGAUUGACGUGAUACAGUCCGGUAGCUUCAAGGAUCUGCAGAAUAUGAGAGUGCUGGACCUCAGUUAUAACAAACUGACCACGGCUAAGCUUAGUCCACAUGCUUUUGAGGGUCGCUAUGCACCUGAAGAGUACGAGCCUCUGGCUUCCAUGCGGAUCUUGAAUCUAGCGUACAACGAUUUGCACUCUCUCAACCAAGAUCUUUUUGAGCAUCUGCCAGAGCUAGAGCAGUUGGAUAUCAGUGGGAAUCCCCUCACUACAAUCGACCAUGUCACGCUGAUCGCUAUUUCAAGUCUUCCUCGGCUGAAGGUUCUAAGAAUGAGAUCCUGUCAGCUCGAUGAGAUUCCAGAAAAAUUUCUUCAUACACCUAGAUACCUUGAGCGUUUGGAUAUCAGUGACAAUCAUCUGACUAUCGUUCCCCAAGAGCUGGAUGAGACCAAAAACUUGGUGUACUUGAACUUAAACCAAAAUAAAAUUGUUCGACUAGACAUGAGCUCAGAGGACCAUCCAGGUUUCCCUCGUCUCCGGAAACUAGAAGAACUACACAUGUGUAAUAUACCAACUCUCAAAUACAUCGGAGCUGGUGCUCUUGCCGGACUUGAGAAUUUGAAGCGCUUACAUUUGAGUUUCAACCCAAGCCUGGAGCAUAUAGACCCUAAGGCACUAGCCAGGCCUGAUGAAAUUGGCGAGACCUAUGUCUGGCCCAUGCUUAAAGAGCUUUACAUGAAAUCCAACAACUUGAGCGAAAUAGAUUCGCGUUUGCUCUCCCGCUGGGAUCUUCUUGAGAAGGUGGAUGUAUCAGACAACCCAUUCCUCUGUGACUGUUCCACACAAUGGAUGGUGGACGACCUAACCAACACUGUAGAUAAAUUGGGAGGAAACUCUUCGCUUAUGCACUGCCAUGAGCCCGUAGAGAUGAAGGCAUACACCAUGAAACACCUACACGACACACGUCGCACCAUGCGGUGUGUUGACAAGUAUGGAAACAGGCCUGAGCGAGACGGAGCCAUUCUGCUCGGAUUACUCAUUGGUGUUCUCCUAGCAGUACCGUUGAUGCUAGCGCUGGUGCUCCUCUGGCGCCACGGAUAUUUCGCGUGGAUUGGUCUCCGGCCACCAGCGGACGUGUCGCGUGCAUUCUACAAGCGAGCGCCAGCAGAAGACAAUUACUUCUAA